AUGGCCUUUGCUGAUGUCGUAUUAGGAGCACUUUGCCUUCCUUUAUACCUCUAUGUAUGGGUUGGACCCUCAUAUCAGCUUUGGGAUAUUGCAUAUGAAAUACAAGCACCUUUACUCACCUUUUGGGAUGUCAGUGAUACCAUUUUUUCACAGGCUUCAUUAAUUUCUGCAGUUUUCAUAUCAUGUGAGCGAUUUUUCGCCGUCUACUGGCCAUUAAGACAACGAACACUUUCGAUGCGGGCAUAUCGCAUUGUCAUCGCUAUGGUCUGGUCUUUAGCUGUUCUUGUCUACAUAGUUCACUACCUUGUUAGCCACCUCAAAAACAUCAGAGCAGCUGUUUUUUCCUGGAUGGUAUUUCCUUUGAUUUUCCUCUUCAUUGUUUGCGGCUGCAACUUUAGCAUUUGGAGAAAGUUCAAGCAAAGAAACAUCGCUUCACAUCAGCUAAGCAGAGCCUCGCAAAACAAACGCUUAACAAAUACCUUACUCUUUGUAUCUGCCAUUGCAGUGUUGUCCUGGCUCCCUUUGGUCAUCGCCAACUAUUUAAUUUUUGUCCAUGAAGCUGAUAUCCCUCGGAACGUUUUGUUUUAUUAUAUUAUUAACGUUAUUAAUUUUAUAAACUCUAUCUUAAAUCCAGUCGUCUACGUAUUACGGAUCCCUGUGUUUAGGCAAUGGCUGAGUUUGCGCUUUUUAAGACGCCAUACUGUCAUAAACGACGGAGUUGAAGAAAGAGAUGACAGACCGCGUGCCGCCACGUUGACGUCGAUAGUUGAACUACGAAAACUAACAAAAGACCGCGGUCGUAAGGAGGAAUGGUCCGAACAGGAAAUUUUGAGCACCAACUUGUGAUAAACCUAGGCGGUUUGGAUUAGCCGGGGGGGGUGGGGGAGGGGUGUGCUGGGGGAUAGUCAGCCCUCCACUUUUCCCUCCCUUCACACUUAAGCAAAAACACUCUUUUUCGGCAACUCUGUGUGUAAAUGCUAACAGGCCGCGCCCGGUGCACCCAGGUGAAGGUAGAAAGGAAAAAGAAGAAAACAAAAAAGGGGCGGGGUGGGGAGGGAGGAAGGGAAGAAAGGUUAUUGUGGGGCACAAAUUUGGGAGAGGGGGGGGGGGGGGGGGGGGGGGGGGGGGGGGGGGGGGGGUGUGCUGGGGGAUAGUCAGCCCUCCACUUUCCCCUCCCUUCACACUUAAGCAAAAACACUCUUUUUCGGCAACUCUGUGUGUAAAUGCUUCAAGUGUUCUUUAAUCAGAAUGGUAUAAUAUGUAUAUAAAGCUCAUGUAACAUAAGCCACGGUCCCCCUUUUCAGUAUUUAUUUAUUUACUUAUUUUUUUGACCAGUCCCUUAUCAGCUUCAUGCGCGCAUUGCCAGACUCUGCCAAAACAACAAUGCAAUGGCUAUGGAAAAAUACCACGUGCUAUUUUUGCGAAAAUUCUGCAAAGAAAUCGAAGCACAUUUGUGAAAUAUAAACUCAUCAAAAGUUGAGAAUAUUUUUAUGAAAAAUAUUGUUAUUGCUAAUAAACGUUUUGCAUCACCAGCUGGCCUUUUGAGUUGUGGAUAAAACAAAUGACCAUCUUGACAGCUAACGUAAGGUUUUAUCUCUUUUUCAAGAGAUAAGUUUCGUAUCCGAUCCUUAACUCCACUUCACUACAAAAACAACAUCGUUAGAUGAUUUCAAUAUAUUCAGAGAAUUUCGAGGAAAAACAAACUCUGUACUUGUUUGUCCGAAAUAAGAAAGAUGACAACAACAACAAGCUAUUAAAUUCUUAGCUUUACCCCAGUUUAAAGUAAACAGAUUGUUAAAUCGUGUCAUUAUAUGUUUUACACAAAGGAGCCGUGAUUUUAAUUUCUGACUAAAACCAGUGCUCACUACAGAGCUUUUUAAAGGGUUUUUACCCUUCUCAGACCUAAAGUUUCCAAAAUGAGUCAUUCUCGGCUUCCGCUUGUUGCAACUGUUUAAAAAAGGGAUUUAGUUUGUCAAGUUUUGACACUAUGGGUACAUGCAGAAGGAAUUAUCGCAAAUAUACACUUUCAAGUUGAUAUUUUUUGUUUGCGCAUGCUGAUACCAGUUAUUUAAAGUAGCCUGCGGGCUUUGGGUGUAUAGCACGCCUUCCAAACAAUUGUAAGGACAUAUUAUUGGACAUAUUGACUACGUUCAGUGUACGUUAUUUGAAUAGGGAAGGACAGAAUAACUCAUUGCACUUUGUUUGUUUUCCGCGGUUGCAUCGGUGUCAAGUCAGUUGCACAACUUCAAGCCAACUUUUAUCUACCCCAAUUGCAAGACAAGAAGCUUUUUAUUGCUUACCAUUGUAUCGAGACUCGAAUGGAAAAUAUAUCUACUUCUACAAGUCCAAACAAUUCAGUGCCAUCUUUAUCUUCGAUGGAUGUUCCACUCCGAGCAGAUGGAAUAGCACUGUGCAGCGCUUUCGUGUUUGAAGCUGUAUUAAUUGUGGCGGGAAACUUGCUCACAAUCGCUUUUUUCGCAAUGAAAAAGAAGCUUCGCAAGAAAAGUUUGCUUUUAGUUAUAAACAUGGCGUUUGCUGAUGUCAUGUUAGGAGCGGUGUCUUUACCCUUGUAUAUCUACUUAUGGGUAGGACCGCACUUUAAUCUUUGGCCUUUUAAAGCAUCUUUGGAAAUUUUAUUCUUUAUCUGUUAUACCAUUUUCUCGCAAGCCUCGUUAAUUUCUGCAGUUUUUAUAUCCUGUGAAAGAUUUUUCGCAAUCUUUUGGGCACUGAAGCACAAAACUCUAUCAAUGAGAGCACACCGUUUUGCAGUAUUUAUGGUGUGA